AUGGAGUAUGUAUCAAAGACCCUUUCCCUUUCCUCGCUCCUGCUCCUUCUUCUAACACUUGAAUCGAUCUUCAUAACUCUAUCGCAUUCAAAAUCAAUCGUUAAAACCCUUCCUGGAUAUCCUGGUCAACUUCCAUUCAAGCUCGAAACGGGGUAUCGUCAUCUCAACCUUUAUGAAAAAACUGGAGAGAAGGAAGCACAGUUUUUCUACUACUUUGUUGAAUCAGAACGAAAUCCGGAAGAAGACCCGCUUUUGUUUUAUCUCGCCGGAGGUCCUGGCUGUUCUGCUGUCAUUACUUUCUUCUAUCAAAUCGGUCCACUUAGUUUUAACUUUGCCAAUGCUCCGGAGAAUAUAACAGUCACAUUAAAUCCAAACUCAUGGACUAAGAUAGCUAAUAUCAUAUUUGUUGAUAUGCCUGCGGGUGUCGGAUUCUCAUAUGCCAUGACAAAAGAAGCAUCAAUCAGUAGUGAUAGCAUUUUGGUCAAGCAAGCUAACGAUUUUAUUCGGAAGUUUCUUAUCGACCAUCGUAAGUUUUUAAAAAACCCAUUGUACAUAGCGGGAACUUCUUACAUGGGAAUUAUAACGCCUAUCAUUACUUUGGAAGUGUACAAAGAAAAUGAACGAGGUGAUCAACCUUCAUUGAAUAUUCAAGGUUACAUUCUUUGCAGUCCUCUCACCCAUAAGUUCAUGGAUUUCAAUUCUAGAUUUGAAUAUGCUCAUCGUAUGGCACUUAUAUCUGAUGACAUUUAUAAGGCUGCAAUAGGAAAUUGUGGUGGUAAUUAUGUGAACACGAAUAUUGUCAAUUCGAUAUGCAGAGAUAGUCUUCAAAGAUACAUGGAGUGCACAAGUGGACUAAAUAUGGAAAAUAUAUUGGAUCCGUUUUGUAAUAAAUCAGAUGUGAAGCCAUAUUGUCAAGAGAACUAUUACAAUUUUGGAGAAGAUUGGAUGAAUGAUGAGGUUGUGCAACAAGCCCUUAAAGUUCGCAAGGGAACGAUUCAAAAAUGGGAGUUAUUCAACAUGACGAUGCAUUACUUUGAAGGAAAAAAUGAUACAUUUUGUUAUGCUUAUGAUAUCUUUAGUAGUUUUGCGUACCACAAGAAACUUGUUAGUAAAAGUUGUCGAGCUUUGAUCUUUAGUGGUGAUCAUGAUAUGACAUUUCCAUAUGUGGGAAUCGAGCAAUGGAUAGUUGCUCUUAAUCUAGAAAUUGAUAGCCCAUGGAAGCCGUUCUAUGUUAACAAUCAAGUCGGAGGAUAUGAAAUGGCAUAUGCACAAAAAGAAUUCUCCUUGGCAUUUGCCACUGUUAAAGGUGCCGGUCAUUCAGUGGCACAAUACAAGCCAAAAGAAGCUAUGGCUUUAGCUGAGAGGUGGCUUGCUUCGAAAACUUACUCAAGCUCAAUGUAGAUAUGAUGCAUAUUGUAUUAAUCUUAUGAUCAAUGUUUGUAAAAUCUUGAUUUUUGUAUCUUUUGAUGUUGCAAC